GGUGGCGUUCGGCUCAUACAGCUUUUGCAAAGUGUUUCGUAGCCUCCAUAGGGCCCGACUUGGGGACGGUGUGCAAACGGGGAGUUCAAAGUCGGGGAGUUCUGUGUUUUGCUCCCCCCAUGUGAGCUGCUGCCGACUAAUUAGAGUGCGGUUGAUUCGUUUCGUCGCCCUAAAAAGUGCAUCGAAAGUGGCGAAGAAGUGGCGGUGGUUCAGUUGCAGUGUAGACAGGAAUCGGUGCGGACGUGUUUCUUGGAGUGAACGUGGGCUUUAGCAUGCUGUCCGUGGUGGACUAGCAGCGUGGUCGCGUAUCGGGAAAGCUAAAAUUGAGUUUUGGGAAAGCUUCACGUGCGUGAAAUUGAACCGUGUUGUCGAACGUGCAAUUUUUUGGAAAGUGAUUUUUUUUUUCCAUUUCGAGAAGUAAGAAGCCUUCGGUGAUGACCUCAUACGGUCGAGUGUGACAACGAAGAAGCAGACUACCUAUAUCCAGCAUCCACCAGCCCUAGCAACGGCAGCACGGAAAUGCAAUUAACGAAGAAUUUGGUGCAAAUAAAGUGAAAACGUGUGUCGUUCGGUUGAUUUAUGGGAUUUGCAUUUUGGGGGCCGAUGUGACGACAACGACGAUAACUAUCAAAACGAAUACGAAGGAAGGCCGGUUUUUGGGGUCCGCUGCUGUUGGGGUUUCGGUUUGUGCGGGCAGGACUCUCCGGCAUUGAGUUUCGCGGUUGGCUUCUUGUCGUCGCCACGGACCCGGGCCCUGGCGCUGGAGUGAGGAUACAAAUUCAAAAGUAAUAAACGACGAGCAAAACCGGCAAUCACAGGUAUUUAAUACUGCGAGCGUGUGCCGUGCCGGGUGAAGAAGAAUCAGAAGCAUUUAGGGUAGUGUUGAUAGACGCCGACCGGCGAUUGGAUGCGAUGGAGGUUGGGGUUUUAUCGGUACGAUAAGCGUCAAGCUUCGGAUAAGAUGCGUCGUCCGCUGUAAUCUGUGCGGCAGGUCCGCAUUAAGCAGACACACUUUUGAACAAAGUAAGGACUACCGUUUACCUGAUUGAUUUCAUUCGUUGGAUGAAAGAUUCGCUUCAUGUUCAAGAUGUCGUACUACACGAUUGGAGUGCUGAAAUUGAUCAUAAUCCAGUACAUGAUUGGUGAUGUUUUGUCCCUGUUGAACAGCGGAGAAACCGGUGUAGGAGGAGGAGGAGGAACAGGAGGAUUGGGACCGCCGGUGGCCAAUCGGCGGCACACUGACAACCUGCUGAUAGCUCGGUGUCGUUCCAAAUGUACGAACACAAACGACAAAAUGAUGUGCGAAAGCACCUGCAUCCGGGACUACCUGGAGAAUUCAUCCUACAAGAAGUACGGCGAUUGCCCAAGGGACCCACAGAACCGACUUGAAGCGAUCUGUCUCGAUACAUGCCAGAGUACGGACUAUCACUGCCCUGGGGUAGAGAAAUGUUGUCCCCACUCCUGCGGUAUGAGCUGCCAAAACCCAAUCGGUUUGAACAAAGUGCAAGGACUACCACCAGUUCCGGUGCACGUAAUUCUUCGCGAAGCCGGCCGUAGCAUCCGUAUGGCCGAAAUCCAGUGGGAGCUGGCCAUGGAGGAGGAAGACUCAAGCGCCACGUACUACGUGGUGGAAUCACGACAUCACAUCGGCAUAAACUUUGCCGAACGAAAAAUGGAAAACGACUGGCAGAACCACAAAGCGACCAUGGUCUACGAGAUCAAGCGGAUGGGCAACUUGAAGAGGUUCGUUGGGGAACUGAAGCUAAAGCCCGGCCGAUGGUACCAGGUACGAGUGGCCGCCGUCAACGAGAAGGGUACCCGCGGAUAUUCCGCUAUCUCCAAGGAGUUUCAACUGAGUAGAAAACCGAAUCCUCCGCAACCUCCAAAGAAUCUCACCUUGGGACCACUGGUGCCGGGCGCCAAUGGGCUGUACAGUAGGAAAAUAAUGUGGGGGCUACCGCGAUCGGAUCUUCCAGUUGAGAAAUACAAGAUCAGCUGGAGUUUGUACUUGAAUUCUACCGGAGGGGCGGCACGGGCCGGAAACUCAUCCUUGUUUAAGGAAAUGGCUACCGUUUCGGCGCCAACCCGGCAUUACGAGAUUAGAGGACUGCAACCGAACAGUAUUUAUUAUCUUCAAAUUCACGCGGUGAGCGUUCACGGCAAGAGACGGCUGAAGUCGGCAGCCUGUAGCGAGUUGAUGAACACAACGGUAGAUCCCGCAAGUACCAAUCAGUCAGCCAGCAUGGAUAACAUGCUGAUGAAUGAUGCCAGCUAUCAACGUCGCACAAAAUCUGGCGCCAAUGCGUUCGGCAUUAGUCACAGAUUUGUCGCUCGCAAAACUGGCCUCACUGUGAGACUAACGUGGCCGGACCGAAACGCUAGUGGACGCUAUCGGUUGCACCUGUGUCGAGGUACGCGAGAGUGUCUAUCGAAACCGAUGGGCCCCAACUCGCACGAUGUGGUGGUGAAGCAAAAAACGUCCUACGAAUUUUCGAAUCUGGAAUUCGAUACCAAAUACACGGUCGGAUUGCGCCACAACCAUCGGAAACGGUCUGCCAGUCCGACCGCUCAACAUCACCGCCCGCCGCAACAUAAGGGCCUACCCGGCGGCUAUGAUAGCUUCCGAACUUUUGUGACACCCAAAUGCGAGCAGUUCCGAAAGAAUCAUCCAAACAUUCCGGUAAAGUGUGCCGUCUAAGUGGGGGUGUUGUGUGACAGAAUAAGCACCGUAAGAGCUGUGUAUUAAAGACAAUUUAGCAACAAUGAAUUCAUUCCCGCCAUAACUUGCCCCGAGUAGUAGCGCCAUUUUUCGCAUUGCUUGGCUAGGGUAGACAUCAAUUGCAUAAUUGAGGUUAUUUUCGAUUUUUUUUUUGUUAUUUAAAAUCAUAGUACUGAAUUAGUAGAUUUUUGUUUCUAUAGUUUUAGGUCAUGCUGCCAUUUAUACUCAAUGUAGAUGAAAUUUAGGAGUAUAUUAUGUAAACCGAUUCGACCAUGUGACUAGUGCUUAAGCUUAUGGGAGAAUUGGUCGACUCGAGUUGCUUAAUAAUCAAUUUAUUUGCUGAACUAAGCAAAUUUGAAGACGAUAUUAUGAAUGUUGAUAAUAAACAAACAAUGAAUUGCGCCCUAUAUGUAUACGAAGAGAAAAUCAAUAAAUUGACAUUUAAAAGUUUUAUUUCACGAACACGAAAAGAACUGAAGUCCCAAUAAAAUAAGUUUAAUUAUAAAUACAACUCAUGUUAAAUGAACAUAACUGUACAAUAUUGAAAAUCAAAUAUCAACUAUUCACUAUACUUU